AUGUCUACCACAGUGCCAGAGAAGGCACCAGAUGACUCCUCCAAGCUCAAGACAUUCCUCUCCAUUCUCCGAAAAUUUGUCGGUGUUGCUGAUAUUGCCUCGGUUCGAUUCUCUCUUCCAGCACAACUGCUGGAGCCUCGCCCCAACCUGGAAUACUGGCAUUACCUAGAUCGACCGGAGACCUUUGCGAGCAUUGGAAAGUCGGAUGAUGAGUUAGGUCGCAUGUUGGAGGUCUUGCGGUUCUGGUUCACCAAAGAUCUGAAAUAUAUCAAGGGGAAACCCUGCAAACCAUACAACUCAACCCUGGGCGAGUUCUUCCGUUGCUCAUGGGAAGUCAACGAUAACAUUCCAGAGCAAGCGAACGUCCCCGGGGUCAAUGCCUCGACCGUGACGGAUGGAGAUGAUAAAGUCAAGGUGUGCUAUCUGACAGAACAGACCUCCCACCACCCACCAGUCUCGGCCUUCUAUAUCGACUGCCCGGAGCGAGGCGUCUCCGCACGAGGGUUCGACCAAAUCAGCGCCAAGUUCACCGGCACAAGCAUUCGCGUCAGCCCCGGUCAGCACAAUCUCGGAAUCUUCGUCAACAUUGAGAAGCGCGACAACGAGGAAUACCAGUUGACCCAUCCAGAUGCUCAUCUGGGAGGCAUUCUGCGGGGUGCCCUCGCAAUCACAGUCGCCGACACAUGCUAUGUCACCUGUCCAAAGACGGGUCUCAAGGCGAUCCUACAAUACAUGGAGGAAGGGUGGAUUGGCCGAUCACAGAACAAGAUGGAGGGCGUGAUCUUCCGCUAUAAGGCGGACAAAGACACCGUCACAAGGAUCAAGGACGUGCCAGAAAAGGAUAUCGUUGCACGAAUCUCGGGCUCCUGGCAUGGCAAGAUAUACUUCACUCCCGUUGGCAGCAAAGAAGCUAGCCUACUCAUCGACAUCACCCCCCUGUUCCCCGUCACAAAGGAUCUACCACCAGCGGAAGAGCAGCUCUCAAACGAGUCAUUGAAAUUCUGGUCGGAGGUGACAGAUGCCAUUGUCGACAAGCAGUUCAGCCAGGCGACAAAACUCAAGCAGGAUAUCGAGGAACGACAACGGCAGCGGGCUGCAGAGCGUACUGAGAAGAGCAUCGAGUGGAACCCACGUUUCUUUACCGGAGCUGUGACGCCGCUAGGCAAACCCGAACUCACAGAAGAGGGACAGAAGGUCCUGGAGGGGAUUCGCGCCAACAAGUUCACUUUGACCGAAAGCACGAUGAAGGGUGCAUAA